AUGAUACCAGAUUCACCGUUUUCUAGAGGGUUCAUCUACGCAUCUGCCGUAGUUCAAACAGCAGUUGCUCCAUUUUCGUUUAUUUAUUAUGUCUACUAUUUCGCUGCCGAGCAAAAGCUAUUUACACUUCAUUCCGCGGUCGACACAUUUAUUCACUACUGGCUGGGAUGUGAGCUCAUGUUCUAUGUCUUUUUCCAAAUCACCCGCAACAGAAUGCAGCGAAUUCUGCCCAGUGUUGCUCCAAAUGCCAAAGAGAGAAGUGAUUUGUACUCUGUUUGUUUGGCAAACAUUGACGAUGCUGAGACAUGGUUGCCAGAUUGGUUCACCUUGAGCCAUGAUCCCGCCAGCCAUCCCAAAUUCGAAGAUAUUGGCAGAGACAACGUAGCUGAAUGGUUGGCGUGGGCCUUCUUUUCCUUGCCUUUGGAACAGGUCUUGCAAGACGACAUUUUAACAGAAGAGCUGAAUUUCAUGAUUGACAGAUUUGAGCAAGAAUUCCACAUUCAGUUUGACCAUGGCUACAAUGAAGACAUUGUCGCCUACCGCAUCAACUUGGAUCCUGUGCACGCUUAUCACCGCCCUCUUGCCUUCUACACGCUCAUCAUGUUCCUCACUGCUUUGUUUGGCUUUGUGUGUCAGUUUUUUUGGGGCAUGAAGAAAUUUGGACCCGAGACACGAUCCAUAAUUUGGAAUUUGAUGGAUCCUCAAUCGUAUGAAACUGCAGCCACGGUCGAUGGGGAUGGCAGUGCUCCUCAAAAGGUGUCCUACUGGUUCCGUGAUGGUGAUCGUACCAAGAAGCCCAUCGUCUUUAUUCACGGUAUCGGUGCUGGUCUCAUGUGUUACGUUUCAUUUGUACACAAGCUCUUGACUUUGGAUGCUCCCAUUUUUUGUAUUGAGCUCCCUUUUGUGUCCAUGCAUUGCGUAGAAGAUGUGCCUACUAUGCAGGAGACCAUUCGCGAUCUGCAAAAUAUGCUGCAUCGUCAUGACUUUGAGGAUGCCGUCUUUGUUGCUCAUUCACUAGGCACUGCUGUCGCCUCUUGGGUGGUCAAGUACAUGCCGCAAAGUGUAGCUGGUGUCGUAUUUCUGGAUCCCAUCUGUUUCAUGCUGCAUUACAAAGAUGUGUGCUCCAAUUUUGUGUAUAGAACGCCCAAAACUGCUGCUCAGGGCCUUGUCAAGUACUUUGCUUCCACUGAGCUGUACAUUUCUUACUAUAUCUCUCGCCACUUUCACUGGUACCAAACUGCGUUGUACGUCGCCCCCACUGUCACCCAUCAUAACCACUCAUAUACCUCCUCCAUCAAAAUGCCCGACAACACCAAGGUAUUCUUGUCUGAAAAGGACAACAUCAUCGACUCAAAUCGUGUAGACACCUAUCUGAGCCAUCACGGCGUCGAUGCCACUGUCAUGAAGGGACUGGAUCAUGCCUCUUUUCUGUUUUAUCCUUCCUGGCAAAACGAAAUGUUGGCUUCUGUCAACAGCUUUAUAUGUCAAAAGUCCUAA